UUGCCCUGAGUCGCCCGGCGGCCGCAGACGUUGUGUAAAGUCCUCCUCCUCCUCCUCCCGCCGUCUCGUGUUUGGAGACGGUGGGUUUCUUUGCGGGGGGGAGAAGACUAGCAACGAUUUGAGCUCGCCUUAAGGAAGAGGCAAAUGGGAAUCCUCCGAGGAGAUGUUCUUAAAGAUGCACCUUAUGCCUUUUUAAAUAGACCUGCCGGUGGACGGGGAGCAAAAGAAAUAGGCGCGCACAUGGCUAGGUUGAGCAGGUGAAGGUGAACUAUGGCUGAGAAUUCAUCUAUAAGUGUGGGGGGCAUCACCCCUGUGCAGCAGAUGCUGGCAUCUGGAACCGGAGCCCUCUUCACCUCUCUUUUUGUUACACCUUUGGAUGUGGUGAAGAUCCGACUGCAAGCCCAGAGGACCCCAUUCUCUAAAGUGUUGUCAGUACAAUGUAUACCCUGGAGCAUUCACCAGUCGAAAUGGAAAUGCUUCCUGUACUGCAAUGGCCUGAUGGACCACCUCUAUGUGUGUCAGAAUGGCAAUGGCUGCACGGCUUGGUAUAAAAGCCCUACUUGUUUCACAGGCACCAUGGAUGCUUUUGUGAAGAUAAUACGCCAUGAGGGCAUCCGAUCUUUGUGGAGUGGACUUCCACCCACUCUCGUGAUGGCUGUCCCUGCCACUGUGAUCUACUUCACCAGCUAUGAUCAGCUACGGGAUUUCUUGCGUGCCAAGUUGAACAGCCAAGGGCGCUACAUCCCACUAGUGGCUGGAGGUGUUGCUAGACUGGGUGCUGUCACUGUAAUCAGCCCCUUGGAACUGAUCCGCACAAAGAUGCAGUCUCGCCAGCUGAGCUACCGCGAACUACGUGUCUGCAUCCAGUCAGCUGUGGCCCAGGAUGGAUGGUUGUCCCUCUGGAGGGGCUGGGGGCCCACCGUAUUGAGGGAUGUUCCAUUCUCAGCUUUGUACUGGUAUAACUAUGAACUGGUGAAAGACUGUCUUUGUAGCCAACUCCAUCUUGAUGAGGCCACCUUCAUGGUCAGCUUUGCAGCUGGUGCCAUUUCUGGCACGGUGGCUGCUGUCCUGACAUUGCCGUUUGAUGUUGUGAAGACCCAGCGGCAGAUUCAGCUGGGAGACAUGGAGACCCUUCAAGUUAGUCCUUCCAAACCUUCAUCUACUUGGUUGCUUAUGCAGAAGAUUUGGGCUGAAUCUGGCACUCGAGGCCUCUUUGCAGGUUUCUUACCUCGUGUCAUCAAGGUGGCCCCAGCCUGCGCCAUCAUGAUCAGCACUUAUGAAUUUGGAAAGAGUUUCUUCCAGAAAAUGAACCAGGAGCGGCAGCUCAGCAGCCUGUGCAGUCCAUGAAAGGAGCCUUGAUUGGUGGCCUUCUGAUCGACCAAAGCCAUCGGGAUGGCAGUAGAAGGGACAGUUUUGGUAGAGACAGAGGGGAAAAAACCUAGAAUCUCUGCAUUUCAGAAGCUAGAUAAAGUGAAUCCAGUAGCUUGAGAAGCCCAUAUACAAGAAGCAUUUUGGUCACUUUUCUUUGAAGAUUUGUCUCAUGUCAAAGAAAUUGUGGAUGCCUUCUGGAAAGACAUUUGGUGAUUUUAAACCUCUUAACUCUAUCGCCCACUGUCAUGUUAGGUCAAGUCUUACUGUUUGGAUGAUGCAGCGUUGCAACCUUUCUGCAUAUGCUGUAACACACAGGAGCUCCUGUCAACAUUUUGCCGCCAAUCAAAAGAAGUUGCAGCUGCUUCCUACUUCCUGUAAGAUCUGAGCGGAAUGUGGCUCCCAUUGGCUGGUUGCAAAUGAAAGGAGAAAGGAGAACGGGAGCAGGACUUGGCAUUCCAAAGAAGAUCCUUCUGCACAAUGAAUUCAUUCCCCUAAGUCUCCAAAGAGUUAAAAUUGUUAUAUUCAGAAACAGACCUCUUCAGUCCUGCCUUAAUUUUAAAGUGUCUGUUGACCUGCAUGCCUUCCUUUCUUUCCACAUGAACUUUCCUGUGCAUGAUGGAUACUGCUGGCCCACGUGGUAGCUUCACACUGGACUCUUCUGGGAUUCUCGAUAGAAAAACAUUGGUUUUGAAUGUCAAGAUUCACCCAGCUCUUUUCUUCACACUCUCAUUGUCAGCCAGAACUCUUUUAAGUCUUCAUGCCUUAGUUAACAGGUAGCAUGGGUGCAAUGGAUUUAAACUGCUUUCUGUAUCUGUAGGGAAAGAAUCACUCAUGAAUGAGUUAAUUCCCAGUGCCGACAAGGCAAGGCAGAGGUCACAUGAUCUACGUGCCUGUUGCUUACAUUCUUGUAAAAGGGAAGAGGUUGAACUCUUGUUUCUUAAUAAAGUCACAUAUUUAAAAAGAAGAAAUUAUGGCAGGGAAAAUUAAGAGAAGAUGUCCUCUCUCGUCUUCUGUAUUUCCUCCUUGCGCCCACGAGACAUCUAUACUUCUCAGUAAGGAUGGCCUUACAUGCUUAUUGUCUCGAAUAAUCUUGUCUUCCAUUCAUGUGUUGAAUUGUUGCUCUUUUUUUUUUGUCACAUUUACUACAAAAUGGUAAUUCGCUGGAUUUGUCCAUGAAUAUAAACUCUCACCUCAUCCAGGUGAAUGUUAAAACAAGUUUCUAGAAAAACACUCACAAUAUAUUGUAAGGGAUUCUUCCCUUUGUCAGGUAAAUACAGUCUGGUUUUGAAAGAUAUACAUGUGUUCUGACUUCAAUACAGUGAUAGAAAACCUUC